CAACGUAUCUUCAUCAGAGGUGAAAGGUCACGAGUCUGACAGAGCCACAUGCAUGAUGCUGAGUUGUUGACUUGAUGGUUGUAUAUGCUGGACAUUUAGAAAGGUUGUAUUACUUCAAGCGGUUUCGUUCCGCCGGCCCCUGAGGUAAAAUGCGGAACUUGAAGCUGCUGAAGAGCCUACGGAGCUCCGAGCUUCACGCUCCCGGCUCCCCGCAGUGUUUAUCUGUGCGCUCCGAGACCGGCGCGCUGCUGGUCGCUUCCCAAUAUUCCAUCACAGAGUACGACCCUCAAACUGGCCAGGUGGUCAGCGAGGCCUCACUCACGGCCGGGGGUUUCCUCCCGGAGGACGGCAGCGGCACGGUGGUCGGACUGCAGGACCGGGCGGAAUUGGAGGUGGCAUGUUUGUCCACAGCCGGUGGCGACGUCGCCCUGUUCAACUUCAACACCUGCCAGCUGGAGUGUGUUGGCAGCGUGGACAGCGGCCUGACCUCGAUGAGUUGGAGUCCUGAUGGAGAGCUCGUCGUUCUCACUACCGGUCAGGAAACCAUCAUCAUUAUGACCCAAAACUUUGAGCCGAUCACAGAGGUUGGAAUCCACCAGGACGACUUUGGUGAAGGGAAGUUCAUCACGGUGGGUUGGGGAAAGAAGGAGACUCAGUUCCACGGCUCCGAGGGGAAAAAGGCAGCACAGAAGAAGAUCCAGAAGGUGCAGCCGGCUGCGGCCUGGGACGACCGCGCGCCUCGGGUGACGUGGCGAGGCGACGGCCACCUGUUUGCCGUCAGUGCCGUCUGUCUCCAGACCGGAGCCAGGAAGGUCCGGGUCUGGAACAGAGAGGGGGUCCUGCAGGCCACCAGCGAGCCCACCAACGGCCUGGAGCAGGCGCUCUGCUGGAAACCCUCGGGCAGUCUGAUCGCGAGCACUCAGCGUCAUCCCAACAAACACUGUGUGGUUUUCAUGGAGAAGAACGGACUGCUGCACGGAGACUUCACCCUCCCAUUUAGCAAAGACCAGGCGAAGGUGAAGGAUUUGCUGUGGAACAUUGACUCCACGGUUCUAGCGGUGUGGUUGGAGGACUUGGCUGCUGGAGAGGACAAACAAGUCAACACUUACCUCCAGCUGUGGGUGGUGGGGAACUACCACUGGUACCUGAAGCAGAGCCUGGACUUCGGCAGGGACCCUCAGAAGGCUCCGGUCUGUGUCUGCUGGGACCCCGAGCGGCCCCUCGGGCUCCACGUGGUGACGCGCGGCUGGACCACCGUCACGUACGACUGGGGCUGGACCACCGAGAGAAGCCCCGGGACGGACGCCAGCGACAACGCCAACGUGGCCGUGAUUGACGGAGAUAAAAUCCUGGUGACAAACUUCCGACAGUGUGUGGUCCCUCCUCCCAUGUGUUCAUUUGAGCUCCAGCUGACCUCGCCGGUCAACCAGGUGACCUUCCUCUGCCAACCUCAGCGGACCAAUCGGCUGGCAGCGUUGACUUCCGACGGACGGAUCUCGGUCUACGUCCAAGACUCAGCGGGACACGUCGACAAAACGUCGGACGGUUUCCGGCCGAUGUCUCGUCCCUUGGUGCUCCAGAAAGCCUUCAGAGUGGCGGUCCCGCAGGAGGAGCCUCUGGCGCUGCGCCAGCUGCUGUGGCUGGAGGACGACCUGUUUUUGGCCGUGAGCGCCGGUCUGACGCCCGCCUCCUCCACCCUGAUGAUGCUCCGCCCGGCUCAUGACGCUGGAGACACACUCGCCGUUGGGCGUGAGAUGGAGGUGGAGGGUGUCGUGGUCAGCGUGGUGCACUGCUCCCGAACCGGCACCGCGGCGCUGCAGCUGGAGGACGGAAAGAUCCAGAAGCUGCACUGGGGUGGGGCCGAGCUGUCUGUGGAGGACUGGCGGGACUCCAGCUUCCGUGUUCCCUGCGUCCAGAUGUCCCUCUGCAGCAUCAGCGGGGAGGAACAUCUGCUCGGCCUGACGGACCGGUCCCAUCUGUAUGCCGGAGACACGCAGUUGGCCUCCAACAUUUCCUCCUUUGCCGUUUGCAACGACUUCCUCCUCAUCACCACACACUCCCACACCAUCCGCUGCCUCCAGCUGACCACACUCACUGUCCAAGGGCUGCAGGCGGCCCUGGCCUCGGACGGAGGUCAGAAUGACGAGUCGCUGCGGCGGGUGGAGAGGGGAUCCAGGAUCGUCACCGUGGUACCGCAAGACACCAGAGUGAUUCUGCAGAUGCCUCGUGGGAACUUGGAGACGGUGCAUCAUCGAGCGCUGGUGUUGGCUCAGCUCAGGAAGUGGUUGGACAGUUUGAGGUUCAGAGAUUCCUUUGAGUGCAUGAGGAAGCUGAGGAUCAACCUCAACUUCAUCUAUGAUCACAACCCAAAGGUUUUGCUGGAGAACAUGCAGACCUUCAUCACACAGCUCGACUCCAUCAGCCACAUCAACCUCUUCCUCACCGAGCUCAAAGAGGAGGACACGACCAGCACCAUGUACCCCCGCCCCGAGGACAGCUCGGUCCACAGCCGGCCGGCUGCUGGCCAGAAGAAGGUGGACGUAGUUUGCGACGCUUUACGCGGCGCCAUGGAAUCGAUGGACCCAAACAAGUUCUUUCUGUCCGUGUUGACGGCUCACGUGAAGAAGACGCUUCCGGAGUUGGAGAUCGCUCUUCAGAAAGUCCACGAGCUUCGAGUGAACCCUCCCCCUGCUGCCGGCGCUGUGAGCGCCGAAGAGGCGUUGAAGUACCUCCUCUUCCUCGUCAACGUCAACGACCUGUACGAGCACUCUCUGGGGACGUAUGACUUCGACCUCGUGCUGAUGGUGGCCGAGAAGUCCCAGAAGGACCCCAAAGAGUACCUCCCCUUCUUAAACAUGCUGAAGAGCCUGGAGCCAAACUACCAGCGCUACACCAUCGACAAGCACCUGAAGCGCUACCGGAAGGCCCUGCAUCACCUCAGCAAGUGCGGAGAGGAACAUUUCCAUGAAGCUUUGCAGCUGGUGAAAGAGCAGAAGCUGUACAGCGAAGCUCUGCGACUCUACGCAGCAGACGCUGCCAAACACAAGGCUCUGAGCUGCGUUUACGCCGAGCACCUGAUGGAGCAGCAGCAGGCGGAGCAGGCCGGCCUGUUGCUAUGGCGAUGCGGGGAGCCGGUCGGCGCCCUGCAGGCGUUUGCCAGCAGCUCCAGCUGGAGAAACGCAAUCUGCACGGCGCAGCAGAUCCCACUACCGCCCGACCAGUUAGCACUGCUGGCCCGCGACCUGGCAGAGAAGCUGACAGAGCAGCGACGAUACUCUGAAGCCGCUCUGCUGUUGGACCAGUACGCCAAAGACUGCGAGGAGGCCAUCUUGGCUCUGAUCACUGGCUCCGUCUGGGAGGAGGCGCUCCGCUUGAUUUAUAUGCACAACAGGCAGGACAUCACUGAAACCAACCUCCGACCUGCUCUGCUGGAAGCUGUCAGCAACCAGACGGCUUUCCUGGAGGCCCAAGUAGCGACGUUCACGCGGCACCGGACCCGGCUGGCUGUGGUUCGAGAGCAGAAAGAGAAGGCCAGACUGGACAUGCUGGACGAGGAUGGUCCAGACUGCCCAGAGGCGGAGCUUUACUCUGAAGCCAGCAGCGUGAUGACCGGCUCCAAAUACUCCCAGAGUAACUCCCGCGUCUCCUCGAGAUCGUCAAAGAACCGCCGCAAAGCGGAGAGGAAAAAGCUGAGCCUGAAGGAGGGAAGCCCGAUGGAGGACCGAGCGCUGAUUUACGCUCUGGGCGAGAUCAUCACCACCGUGGACAAGAUGAGAGAGGAAGUGCACGGCCUGCUGAAGGCUCUGGUGCUCUUCCACUUUGACAAACAGGCGGAGAAACUGCAGCCGGCCUACGAGGAGGCUCUGCAGAUGAUGGAGGCGGCCCUUCCCGAGGUGUGGCUGGACGGCGCGCAGAACAACCAGACUCCGCUCACGGGGCCGAACUCGACUGCUAACAGCAUCAUGGCUUCCUUCCAGCAGCAGCAGAGGCCUGCAGCCUCCCAACCAGGUCAGCAAGCUGCUGAGGUCCUGAUGCCGCCGAAGAUGAGAAACGGCGUAAAGUGGAAGCUUGCUAUUCUAAUGUAAAACUAUGUUUUUGUUUUAUUUCAAACUGAAAAGUCAUAUGUUAAUAAUGUAAUCAAUAAAGUUGCAGUUAAUGUUUUCUUUUCUCAAA